AUGGUGAGAGCAUUAAGAGAUAUAGCACUAUUCAACGACAUUAGGAAAGACCAAAACUCCACGGGGACCAAGCAUGAAAGGUAUAGCAUAAGAGAUCUUCGGGUUAAGAAAAACAUUCAUGGAAACGGCUUAGAUGACGAUGAGGAUGAUUCUCUGGAGAGAUUUAUAAGGAGAAAGAAAUCUAAAAGCAUAAAAUAUAUUCCCUCAUUGGCGGCCUAUAACGUUUUCAAUGAGUUUCCUUAUUAUCCUACAUCAUCUAGUCAAUUACAAGAGGGCAGGUUGGACGAAUUUAUCAUGCUAUCAGAGCAAUAUAAAAACAGGUUGCCCAAAAUACGUAAGCUAGGAUGGAACAGGUUCAAGCCAAUAGGCAUUAAUAAAACCAUGCAUGAUCUAGAAAUGUUACGAGUCCGAACACAAGCACAAAACGAAGAAAUGAAUAAUGAGGAAGACCUUAGGGAACAAGAUCUUAGGGAACAAGAUUUCAGAGAACACGGCUCUAUAGGGCAUGCAGUAUUGCCCCAUAUUCUACAGGAAAAUGAUGAUGAUACCGAUGAAGGUGUUACUGGUACUCAUAACGCUGUGAAUGAUGGUAUAACCAUGUUUACUCAUAACAGCGCUAAUAAUUCACAUGAAGUAAUUUCUGAGGAAGACGAGAUAUCUUAUGAUUACGAUGCAGAAUUUGAUCAUGUUGUAGAUGAGGAAGAGGACGAAGAAGCCGAAGUGCAGGAAGGAGGAAUAGAAGUCGAUAGGGAAAGGAUUGUUCCGGAUGACUUAUUAAUGAGGCCCACUUCAUUAUCACGCUCCUUACAACAAUUCGUGGAAGAGGUCCACCAUUUGGACCGAAAUCCAUACGAUAUCGACAGCGAUAAUGACGGAGAGGACUCAAAGAUAGAAGUAGGUACAAACCCCGACUUUGAAGACGAAGACGAAACCAGGAGAGAAGUAAGGGGGUAUGAUUAUAACAGUGAGUACGCUCAAGCGCCGGCUUCCUAUGGUGAGAUCACACCUGAUCUAGCGAGCAAUUGGAGAAAUUGGACCAGAGAAAGAAUAACUAGCUUAGAUGAACUAAUGGAAAGACGUGCCAGGCAACAACGGGGCGAAGACUAA